AGAAAAUAUUUCAAACAGACAAAUAAAAGGCUUGAGGAGUCCAUGGGGGCCGUGCAUCGGAAGAUGGCCAAAGUAAUCUCAGGACUGCAGAGCAAAGUCUUACCACCCAUGAGCCCGAAGGUGGUCACAGAGGAGGAAGUGAACCGGAUGCUGACACCCUCAGAGUUCCUGAAGGAGAUGUCCCUCACCACGGAGCAGAAAUUGGCAAGUACAAGAAUUAUAUGUCGACCGCAGAUCACGGAACUCUUAGAUAUGGGAGAAACAACACAUCAAAAGUUUUCCAGAGUUGACUUGGAUCAGGCCUUGUUCCAGCCCUUUCCGUCUGAAAUCAUAUUCCAGAACUACUCUCCCUGUGAAGUCUAUGAGGUGCCAUUGGUUUUAAGGAACAACGACAAAAUCCCACGGAUGGUAAAAGUUGUUGAAGAAAGCUCACCUUACUUUAAAAUCAUCAGCCCCAAAGACAUCGGCCACAAGGUAGCCCCUGGUGUGCCAUCUGUAUUCCGAAUCCUCUUCACUCCAGAGGAGAACAAGGAUUACGCCCACAUGUUGACCUGCAUCACUGAAAGAGAAAAGUUCAUUGUGCCGGUGAAAGCCAGAGGGGCUCGAGCCAUCCUGGACUUUCCCGACGAGCUGAAUUUCUCCACUUGCCCUGUAAAGUACAACACCCAGAAGGUUCUGCUGGUCCGAAACAUUGGCAACAAAGACUCCAUGUUCCACCUCAAAACUCGCAGUCCAUACUCAGUAGAGCCAACGGGCGGGAUUCUCAACGUGGGCGAAUCCAUGCAACUGGAAGUGGAUUUUGAGCCACAGACUGUGGGCAGUCACGAUGGAAAACUCAUUGUGACUUAUGACACAGGUGAAAUGGUAUUUGUAUGUCUCUAUGGAGUUGCCGUAGAUGUGAAUAUAAGACUGGACAAGAAUUCUUUGAUCAUGGAGAAAACCUACAUAUCUCUGGCCAACCAGCGGUCUAUAACCAUUCACAAUCGCACUAAUAUAAUUGCCCACUUCCAGUGGAAGGUGUUUGCUACCGAAGAAGAGGAAGACAAAGAAAAAUACAAGAUCUGUGAUGGUCUGAACAAGGAGGAAAAGCAGGAAACCAGCAUGAUCCUUGAAGACAGCAUCUUGGAUCCCUCCCUCCGAGAGCGCCUCUCCAUCAUCUCCCGGACCUUCGAGAAUCAGAGGAAACUGGUCCAAGGAGACAGCAUGCUCUUUCUGGACCACGUUUUCACGAUCGAGCCCCCGGAAGGUGAUGUCUGGCCCAACUCAUCAGCUGAAAUCACUGUGUACUUUAACCCUCUAGAGGCCAAGCUCUACCAGCAGACGGUUUACUGUGACAUUUCAGGCCGAGAGAUCCGCUUGCCCCUCCGAAUCAGAGGAGAAGGAAUGGGGCCCAAGCUUCACUUCAACUUCGAAUUACUGGACAUUGGCAAAGUUUUCAUUGGAUCUGCUCACUGUUACGAGGCAAUCCUGUCCAACAAGGGCAGCAUCGACGCCCUCUUUAACGUCAUCCCCCCAACUUCAGCCUUGGGGGCCUGCUUUGUCUUCAACCCUAAAGAAGGCAUCAUUGAACCGAGUGGGGUCCAAGCUGUCCAAAUCUCCUUCAGUUCUACCAUCCUGGGGUACUUCGAAGAAGAGUUCCUGAUCGAUGUCAACGGGUCCCCAGAGCCCGUGAAAAUGACCAUUAGAGGCUGUGUAAUUGGACCUACGUUCCAUUUUAAUAUCCCUGCUCUGAACUUUGGGGAUGUUUCCUAUGGAUUUCCCCAUACCUUGAUGUGUUCCCUCAAUAAUACAUCUUUGGUCCCCAUGACCUUCAAACUGCGUGUCCGUGGCGAUGGCGAAGGCAUGAGUAGCAUCCCAAGUUACUCUCAGGAGUCAGACAGCAAGCAAUGGUCCUGGAUUAAUACAGAAAUACCCACCACAAAACCCAAAGAAUUCACCAUCUCUCCCAACAGUGGCACCAUCCGUGCCCAGGGCUUUACUGCCAUCAAGGUGACCUUGUGUUCCAACACCGUGCAGAAAUACGAGCUGGCGCUGGUGGUAGACGUGGAGGGCAUCGGAGAAGAAGUGCUGGCACUCUUAAUUACAGCCAGGUGUGUGGUACCCAAGCUCCAGUUGGUGACUACAGAGGUGGACUUUGGGCGCUGCUUCCUGAAGUACCCAUAUGAGAAGACCAUCCAGCUUGUCAAUCAUGAUGACCUUCCUGGAUGCUAUAAGGUCCUGCCUCAGCUGUAUGAGAAUUCACCCCCUGUGCUGCUCUCCAGCCCCUCCCCCUGUGGGGUCAUCUCCCCCCACAGCACUGUGAGCAUACCACUAGCCUUGGAGACGCAGGUCACUGGUGCACAUCGAUCCAUAGUUUACAUCUCGGUCUUCGGGAGCCAGGAAGCCCCUCUGGCAUGUAACAUACAAAGUAUUGGAGAAGGCCCCGUGAUCUUCAUACAUCCCACUCAAAUCGACUUUGGCAAUAUCUACGUCCUGAAGGACACCUCCAGAAUUCUCCAGCUCUCUAACCAAUCCUUCAUCCCUGCAGUAUUUCGGGCUCGCAUGGCAAACAAGAAAUCCCUUUGGACGGUUAAACCCAGUGAGGGCGCAGUUCCUGCAGAAGAUGACAUCCCACUGACGCUGACUGCCAACCUGGACGACAUAGUGACAUUCAAAGACACGGUCAUCCUGGAGAUUAAGCAUAGUAACACCUAUCGGAUCCCCAUCCAGGCCACCGGGAUUGGUUCUACCAUUGUUUCCGACAAACCGUUUGCUCCAGAACUCAACUUGGGAGCGCAUUUUAGCCUGGAUACCCACUAUUACCGCUUCAAGCUGACCAACAAAGGACGCCGAGUCCAGCAACUGUUCUGGAUGAAUGAUGACUUCCGCCCCAAGGAAAAGCAGAGCAAGAAGGAACCGGGGAAAAGGGGCUCUACUUCUAGUAGCCGUCGCCAGUCCAAGGCCUCCCAGGAACCCACAGAUAACGGGAACCCUGUGUUCCAGCUUUACCCCGUCAGGAUGGAGUUGUACCCGGGGCAGACGAUUGACGUGAUCCUCGAAGGCUAUUCCGCCACGCCCAAGAAAGUCAAAGAGAAGCUGGUGUGCCAGGCCAUUGUCGGAGCCCAGAAGGGCAAAAGCUUGCUGAUGUCUGUGAACAUCAUCUGCGAGUUUAUAGCUCCAAUCAUCCAGCUCUCCGCCAAGCAGCUACUAUAUCGACUGGAAAAGAAGCCGAACACUAACCUGGAGUCUGAUUACCAGUCCUUGGUGAUAAAGAACAUCACCACCCUGCCUGUGAACAUGCUUCUCUCCACAACCGGACCCUUCUUCAUAUGUGAGACUGAUAAGUCCCUACUGCCUGCAACCCCUAAGCCUAUAAAACUGGAGGUUGAUGAGGAGAAACACCUGCUGAUCAAGUUUGAUCCCUCCUACAGAAACGACCUGAACAACUGGGUGGCAGAAGAGGUUCUGUCAAUUAAGUAUCUAGAACACCCUCAGGUGGACAACCUGGGCUUGCGUGCUGAAGUGCAUUACCCCAACCUCAGCUUUGAGGUGAUGGACAUAGAUUUCGGCUGCAUCCUGAACGAUACCGAGGUCAUUCGCUACAUCAUGAUCACCAACUGCAGCCCCUUGGUUGUGAAAUUCCGCUGGUUCUUCUUGGUGGACGACGAGGAAAAUCAGAUCAGGUUUGCGCCAUGUAUGAAGCCCUACAGCGCCUUCUUGUCCCAGAUGGAGUCCAUCGCAGCCACCUCGGUCACUGCCAGCUCUCUGGCAGCCCCACACACCGUAGAGUAUACGGAGAUGGACUUCAGUGAUUCGAUCAAGACGAUCCUUAUGGACGAUGAAGCUGGACCCGAAGAAAUCAAAAAGCCCGCGACGUCGACCAUGGUCUCAGAAGCAAUAAAAUACAGCUCCGCGGGAACGGAAAGAAGCCAGAGCCAGCCGGACUACCCAGAAUGCAUGUGGAUCUAUGAACAGGAUGAGAUGCUGUCUAUUGGGAUAGAAGAAGUGUUUGACAUUCUGCCCCUCUACGGAGUCCUGCGGCCCUACAGCAGCCAUCAGAUAUCGUUUACCUUCUAUGGACACAGCGACAUCAUCGCCCGGGCCAAAGCUCUGUGUGAGGUGGAAGGAGGACCCACCUAUGAAAUACUACUGAAGGGGGAGGCGUCCCUGGUCAACUACUCCUUUGACACGAAGGACAUUAACUAUGGAUUGCAGCUGUUUGACCAUGUCACAGAACGUGAAAUCACACUGAAAAACACUGGGAAAGUUGGCUUUGAGUUCAAUGUACUGUCUAACUACCGGUCUUCACAAAGGAACCUUCUCCCUGGAGUACCACUUAUCCUGCCUCUGUCGGGUUUUAUCCAGUCGAAUAAGGAGCAGGUAUUGAAAGUUUACUACUUGCCUGGAAUACCUGAGGUCUUUCAAAGAAACUUCCAGAUACAGAUCGCCCACCUGGUCCCAGAAAACAUCACCCUGUACGGAGAGGGCAUCUUUCCACGAAUCAGCCUUGACCUACACAGGAACCUCCAAGGCAAUGAAAAGUAUGAACACUUCUUGGAACAAGCAAAGAAAAACGUAGAAAAAGAGUACACUAAAUAUGAGGCUGUCAAUCACUAUGAGGCGAUGACUGAGGAACUCCCAGAGGAGGAGACCAUUGAAAUAAGUGCUCAUGUCCAGAUGGAAGUAGAGCGACUUAUAGUCCAAGACUAUGCCCUGGAACACCAGAGAAGCAUCUCCAAUAACACCGAGGACAUCUACUUCAGUCAGCGGAGUUGCCGAAAACUAACCAAAGUCCAGCUGCCAGAGUACAUCCUGGACUUCGGCUACAUUGUACUUGGUGACGUCAGAACCCACAUCAUCAAGAUCACCAACACCAGCCACUUCCCCGUGUCCUUCCACGCAGAGAAACAGGUCCUUCACGAAACAGGCUUCAGCACUGAGCUAGACCGUGUGAAAAAUCUGCCUUACUGUGAGACAGAAACAUUUGAAGUGAGGUGUGACCCACAAGGGGCUAAUCUCCCUGUGGGGAACAAAGAAGUCAUUCUCCCCAUCAAGGUGUACGGAGGGCCAACCAUUCACCUCUGCCUCCAGGCCACGGUGAUCAUCCCAAGUAUGACCCUGUCGUGCAACAAAAUAGAGUUUGCCACGAUUCAGUGUGGGCAGUGCGUGGUGGAAACGAUCCAGCUUUCCAACCAUCUCCAAGUCCCUUGUGAAUGGUUCGUCCACACCCCAAAGUCUACUAACAAGCUGGAUAAACACAUGCCAAAGUAUUUACGGCGGAAGCUGCAAGCCGAGAUGAUUCCCAAGUCUCGGAUCUUUGAGAUCCAACCCACUUCUGGCAUCUUGGAUCCCGGCGAGAGGGCUAAUGUGCAAGUGAAAUUCAUGCCCAAGGAAGAGAAACUUUACAGCCAGUCUCUGCUGUUCCAAAUUGGCCAGAGCUCUCAGAAGCUGACACUUCUAGCCCAGGGUCAAGGUCUGGAGCCACGCCUGGAGUUCAGCCCUUCAGUUCUGGAACUGGGGCCCCUCCUGCCUUUUGCAUCAGGAGAUGAGGCUGAGGUGAUUGUGAGGAACCCCUGCAACUUCCCCAUUGAGUUUUACUCCCUAGAAUUUGACCAGCAGUAUCUCUUAGAAGAGAAGAUGUUGCGACAGCUGAAGGGCUAUGACUCCUACAACACCCUGCUGCUGCCUCCCCGGAACCCAGGGGAGAAGCUGCCACAGGAAGUCUAUGAUUACUUUAAGGAGAUGAAGAAAUCAAAAGAGGAGUUCAUGAAGGCCAAGUACAUGGAGAACCUGGAGAAUGAAGAGGAAGAAAUGAACACGUCUGACCAAGGAACCACCAGCACAAAGAGGACAUCAAUUAGCCGAGGGGUCUCAGUCACAUCCAACCUGGAAGAGCGGCAUCUCACAACUGAAGCCAGAAACUACCUAGAUGAGGACGACUAUGAGGAAAGCCUGGAAAAAUUAACAUUUCAAACCGACAAGAUGCAGAGCACAGACAGCCACUCCGUAGAGGAGGUUGGAGAGGUGGAGAGCAAUCCAGUGAGCAAGGCAAUCGCACGCCACCUGGGCAUUGACAUUUCUGCAGAAGGCCGCUUGGCCAAGAACCGGAAGGGCAUCGCCAUUAUCGUCCAUGGGACGCCCUUGUCAGGAAAGACAGCCAAUGCCAUCAGCAUGGCCAAGUUCUACAACGCAGCCUGCCUGAACAUUGACUCCAUCGUCUUAGAAGCCCUAUCAGACACCAACAACAUCCUAGGGAUUCGGGCCCGGGAGCUGUGCAUCAGAGCUGCCAUAGAGCAGUCCAUGAGGGAAGCAGAGGAGUCAGCUCAUGAGUCUUCAGUGACCCAAAAUAUUGUGGCACCAGCACGACUAAGCACUGAGAACUUGGGCAGGUUUACCUCAGAGCUCACUCUAAUAACCCAGGAAUACAAAGUUCCGAAGACCGUGCGCGGGAGCGUGUUGCUCCCCAAAGGCAAGGCGGACAGCCACUUUACUGGGUCUCAGAAGCAGCAUCACCAGCACCAAUCUGAAACACCGCAGAUCUCCUCUAGCCCUCUCCUCCCCGGCCCCACCCAUCGGCGGCUCAGCGUCAGCGCCAGUAUUGGCGGGGAGACCGGGCUGAUGAGCUGCGUGCUCCCAGAUGACCUCCUCAUUCAGAUCCUGGCUGAGCGGAUACAGCUGAGCGACUGUUUCAGAGGCGUGGUGUUCGAUGGCCUGGACACGCUCUUUGCACGGAAUGCGCCCUCUGCCCUCCACUGCCUGCUAAAGGCCAUCGGCAGCCGGGAGCACAUCUAUGUCAUCAACAUGUCUCAGGAUUAUGUCGUCAUGAAAGCCCAGGAGAAGGCUAAAAAGGAGCAAGAAGAGAACAAACGCAAGGAAGCCCUUGAAAAGGAGAAGGAGCGUCUCCAGACACUGGACGAGGACGAGUAUGACGCCCUAACAGCAGAAGAGAAAGUCGCAUUUGACCGUGAAGUUCGGCAGGCUCUCCGGGAGAGAAAGAAGAGGGAGCUGGAAAGACUCGCCAAGGAGAUGCAGGAGAAGAAGCUGCAGCAGGAGCUGGAGAGGCAGAAGGAAGAGGAUGAGCUGAAACGGAAGAUCAAAAGGCCCAAAGCAGGCCCUGCGGCUAAGGAGGAGCCACCCCUAAAGAAAGCACAAGGCGCCACAAACAAGCAGCUUGCCACGGUUGCCAAGAUGGAAUUAAAGAUGGAAUCGAUAGAAAGGAAAGUUUCUGUCAGAGAGCAUGCAACACUUGAAGAAACUACCAGGAAGAAGAAAGCCAUGGCCGAAUACCCACUCGGAAUUCCAAUUUCCCAGGAACAAGAGGACAGCGAAGGAGACUUCCUGAAGGACUCUGACAAGAACCUGGCACAAAAGUUUAAAGUCUACGACACGUGUCUGAAGGAUGUUCAAAACAUCCUCACGUAUUGGGACCGCAAACAAGGAAUGAUGGUACCUCAUACAGGCACGGAUGAGACGUCACAUGAGGCUGACGACCAACGCCAGGCGCCUUCAGGGGGCGGGGGUCGCAAGGGCCGCAAGGACCGGGAGAGGGAGCGCUUGGAGAAAGAGAGGGCUGAGAAGGAGCGGCUGGAAAGGGAGAAGGCUGAGAGGGAGCGGCUGGAGAAGCUGAAGGCCCUGGAGGAGCGGAGCGAUGUGGAAGGGGAAGGAGAAGAGGAGCAUGAGGGAAAGAAGGAUCUCGGGGUGCCCUUUAUCAACAUCCAGUCUCCGGACUUCGAAGGCAUUAGCUGGAAGCAAGCUCUGGAGAGUGACAAGCUUCCCAAAGGAGACCAGAUCCUGAACAUCCUAGGCCUGGGGUCCUCAGGACCACCCAUCCCUCCUCCUGUCUUGUUCUCCAUCAUCUCUUACCCAGCAAAGCGGCAGUCUUUGGUCGCCACUGAGAUCCUAAAACACUUUGUGUUUGUGAUUCCACCAAACGAUGACAUCCCCCUGAUGGACGAGAAAAAAGACCCGGAAGGAGAUUCAGACAUCUUCCUCAACACCAUCAUAACCAAGGCUCAAGAGGAACAACCCUCUCCACCUAAGGGAAGCAAACAGAAAUUGAAAGACAAAGCAGAACAAGUGCAAGUGCGGGAAACUCAGAAGGAAAAACAACGUCGCACUUACUCCAGCAGGAAAGGCCUCCCUGGGGGGACAUCGGGGAGCAUUGUUCCGAUGUCUGACAUAGACCAGAACAGCUUUGAUGGAGAACACUCCCAGGAGAAGUUCAUCAGGCUGAAUCACUUCCGGUGGAUUGUGCCUCCAAACGGAGAGGUAACCUUGAGAGUGCACUUCUCCUCUCUAGAUGUUGGCAACUAUGACCAGACGUUUAAUUUCGAGCUCCUUGGGACCCGCCGCCAAUACCAGCUCUACUGCCGCGGAGUCUGCACCUACCCAUACAUCUGCAGAGACCCCAAAGUUGUGUUUUCUCAGAGGAAGAAAGACAUGAAGUUAAAAGAAGUUGUUGUUAAGAAGUAUGUUGUGAGCAUGGAGAAGUUUUACUUUGGGCCACUGCUUUGUGGAAAGUCAAGAGACAAGUAUAAGUCAUCCUUGUUCCCUGGCAACAUGGAGACUCUGACGAUCCUGAACGAUUCUCCAAUGGUGGUAGAGGCGUACUUCUGUUUCCAGCAUGACAUAAAAGCAAGCACCUACUUUCUAGAGCCGGUCAACAUGACUCUGAAACCCAAUGAAAAGCAGGCACUAAACGUAUGGGCCUACCCUACUGCAGUCGGUAUCUUUGAAGACAGCAUUGUCUGCUGCAUCAAAGAGAACCCAGAGCCAGCCAUCUUUAAGUUAAGCUGCCAAGGAAUUCGCCCAGAAAUUGAAGUGGAGCCCAGGCAGUUACAUUUUGACCGGCUCUUGCUUCAUAGGAAAGAAACCAAGAUAGUAAUUCUCCGCAAUGUCACUCCUCUUCCUGUGGCCUGGCGGAUCUCCAGCCUGGAACACCUAGGGGAGGACUUUACUGUGUCCAUGAUGCAGGGCACCAUGCUGCCCAAGGGAGAGUUUGGGCUGCAAGUGCACUUCCAGCCCUCCAAACCUGUCAACAUCAAGAAGGCCAUUCGGAUUGAGGUUUUGGACGCAGAAAAUCUUGUUGGUGUCGUUCAGAUCGAAAACAUCUUGAUCUUUGCAGAAUCGUAUGACAUUGCUCUGGACAUCACCUUCCCUAAAGGAACUGAAGGAGGUCUGGAUUUUGGAACUUUGAGGGUCAUGGAGGAGGUAAAGCAGCCCCUUCAACUGAAAAACCGUGGAAAAUAUGAGAUCAUAUUCAGCUUCACUGUGGACACCUUAGGGGUUUUGCCAACAAACUUAAGUUCCAUGAUCUCAAUCCAACCCAAAAGGGGGACACUGACCUCAAUAGAUAAGCCCACAACUGUCCAGGUGUUCUUCCGAGCAAGAAAGGAGGUGAAGAUCGAUUGCCAGCCCAUCCUGCGCUGCCAGAUUAUUGAGCCAACUCUCCCAGAAGGUGAGAUCAUUGCCAGCAUCCCUAUUAAGUUUUCUGUGAAUGCAGUAUACUCCAAAUUCACCAUCAGCCCCUCCUCCAUCAUCAAUUUUGGGGCUUUGAUCUGCGGUACCAGGAAAAGCAUCACCUUUACCAUAGAAAACCAAGGCAUAAUCGACUUCAAAUAUGCCCUCUACAGGCUGACAGGGGAGAGUCCAAUUCUUCAAAAGAAGAUAACCAGCCACAUGAGGCAUGGAAGAACCCGAGAAAGUGAAAGCUUCUACAAGCCUGGAGCAACUAAAGUGGCCAAGUUCUCAGACACAGUCCAGAAAGACACGAACAUAGCAAACCAGGCCCGCUUCACCCAUGGCAUGUUCACUGUAUACCCAGGAUUUGGCUCCAUCCCUUCUGGAGGACAGCAGGUGAUCACCAUUGAGUGUUUUGCAGACCCUGUGGGGAGGUGUGAAGAGUUUCUGGCCAUCGAUAUCUCUGACCGAGACCCUAGAGAAAAUCCUGCCGGCAUCCCUUACACUCUGCUUGCUGAAGCAUGUCUGCCAGAAAAAUCCUUCUCUCGAGAUUUCCAGCAGACACAGAGGGGUCACUUCAUCUGGAACCUUAGAGCCUCUUCUCGGUCGGCCAACCGCAUCACUGACAUUUUUGACGUGGAACCCAGCAAGAUGUGCAUCGGGAGCCGCUCACAUGCCUUCGUCACAGUGCUGUUCACACCACAGACCAUGCAGACCUACCAGUGCAUCUUCGAGGCCACUUUGGAUGGCCUGCCCAGCAACAUUGCCAGGAGCCGAGGUCUUGUGUUUGAUAUUAUUGGUGAGGGGACUCUCCCUCGAGUGACUGUCAUCCGGCCAACUCUAUAUAACCAGCACGGAAACCCCUUGCUCCUGUUUAAGAGGCUUCUGCUUGGUCAUUCGGAGAAACUGCCUCUCAUCCUUAAGAAUAACGGUACCAUCCCCGCCCAGCUGCAUGUGGACCUGCGAGACCAACUAGGAGUCUUCUCUCUGAAAGGGAGACCCACCACCUCCUACAUCUACAUCAUAGAGGAAAAUAAACCGAAUGAAAAAGUCAAGAAAGCCCACACGGCCUCCCUGGUUGUUUCUCCUGGAGACACAGCUGAAUUUGAUGUCUUUUUCCACUCCAAUAAGAUUGGGAGAAUGACAGGCACCAUCCACUUAUCAGUGAUCAACAACCAGUAUGAGGAGACCAUGAUCCACCUGGUUGGAGAAAGCUACGAGGAUGACAUCACCUUGGACAACAUCCAUGGGCUGAUCAGUUCCACCAGCCAGGAGAGCUCGGAUAAGUCUGAGGUCAUAGAGAUCGCCGAGGAGAGCACCAUGGAGGACUUGGUGACAGCCGCCCUGAUGGAACACAUCCAGUUUGGGUACUGUCACAUUGGAGUCAGCUACAAUGUGAGCUUCACCAUCACCAACCACAGCCAAGUGAACGUGAUUCGCUUCGAGUGGCCCCUUUUAGCUACACUGUCCUUCUCCCCACAGAUUGGGCAUCUGCACCCUGGCUGUUCCAAGGACGUGGUGGUGACCUUGAAAUCAGAAUCACCCAUCACCCUGAAGAAGAUGUGUGUCAAGUGCAAGCUUUCCAAGAUCAUGUUUCAGCUCCCUGUAGACCAGGUCCCUGACUGGGAUGACCGCAUGCGCACAGUCAAGUGGGUGGAUGCUCCCCGAAAUACACCUCUGACCUUGACUACAAAACGAAAGGUCAUAGAGACGGACCCUGAGCCAGCCCACUCGGUGGUAGAAGAAAAUUACCGAGAAUUGCGGAUCCAGUUCAGUGCCAAUGUGGAUUUUGCUUCAUAUCAGUGUGAAACAACUGAAGUGUUCUUUAAGGAAACACUGGUUUACCAGACCCGAGUGUUUGAGUUUGACCUCGUUAACACAGGACAGGUGCUGUUAGAAUUCUGCUGGAUCUCAGAAGAAGCCUCCAAGGCCGUCAGUUUUGCCAUGCCCGAGCAUCAAGGUUCAAGUCAAAAAGAGCUAAGUCAGGGCUCAGGAAGCUCCCUGGAUAGCGCCCUGGACCACUGGACCGAAGCCUCUCCAUCACCCUUCUCGGUGGAACCCCCCUCAGGCGUUGUGCCCGUAGGAAAGACUCAGAAGCUCAAAGUGAAGUUCUCACCAAUGGACAUCGGAGAGUUCGAGAGCUCCCUAUACUGCCAAAUUCCCAACCUCCCACUUGGAGAACAAGGCCCUAUUUUGAUAACAAAAGGGCGAAGCGUCCUGCCAUUCUGUCACUUUGACCUGAAGGAGUCGGACUACAUCAGUGGUCAUCGGCGCAACCCAGAGCUCCGAGGACCAGGCGCUGGGCCUCUCGAACCUAAUACCCGUGUGAUUGAGUUCACCAGUGUGGGCAUCGGUGGGAAGAAUCUCCGGACCUUCACAAUUCUGAACCCGACCAACAGCACCUAUUCUUUCUGCUGGACCUCUGAAGAGACGGAAAGUCUCCAGCACCCUCCGGCCUUUGUGUGUCUUACAGAAAAGGGUAUUAUCCACCCUGAGAAGAAAGCUGAGAUUAUAUUCCAGUUCCUGCCGGCUCACCUGGACAUCACGGAAGAGUUCUGGACUUUCUCUAUCCCAGAACAUAACAUCUCAGUCCCCUUCCUGCUGGUGGGCAAGACCACAGACCCCCUUAUCUCUCUUGACAAGUCUCACCUCAAUUUCAGCUCUCUCCUCAUUGGCAGAGAAGCCCGAGAGACAGUAAAGAUCAUCAACAAGGAGGAGCAAGGGUUCAAUUUCGCCUUCCAGGACAACUCCCGCUAUUCUGAAGGAUUCAACAACAGCCUCAUUGUAUGCCCCAUGGAAGGCUGGAUCCCGCCACUGUCCAGGUUCCCAGUUGAUAUUUUCUUCACACCAAAGCAAGAAGGAGAUGUGAACUUCAAUUUGAUCUGCAAUAUAAAAAAGAAAGCUCACCCUCUGACACUCAACGUCAAGGCCGAGGGCUACACUAUGAAUGCUGAGGUCAAGUGCAGAGACAGAAUGGGCACCACCAUCCUCCUGACAUCCACCCAGGUCAACACCAUUAACUUCUAUGAGGUGGAGUUGAAUGAAUGUGUUCAGUGUGAAUUCAGUUUCAUCAACACGGGCAAGUUCAACUUCAGCUACCAGGCAGAGCUCUCUGGACCAAAACUCCUGUUGCAAUACUUGGACUUUACACCCACCGACAGUAGCGUAGACGUGGGUCAGUCUGAACCAGCCAGCCUUUCAUUCCAACCGUAUCAGAAGUGUGUCUUGAAGGGCCUGGAACUCAAAAUCAAGAUCAGCCAUGGCCCAACAUUCGUUUGCAACAUCUUAGGCUGUGCUGUGAGCCCAGCUGUCCAUUUCUCCUUCACCAGCCACAACUUUGGGACUUGCUUCAUCUACCAAGCUGGGAUGCCCCCAUAUAAACAAACCCUCGUUGUCACCAACAAAGAAGAAACAUCUAUGAGCCUAGAUUGUUUGUACACCAACACCCCACACAUCGAGGUGAACUUCAACGUGGACGUGAUAAAGCCAGGGAAGACCCUGGAGAUCCCAAUCACCUUUUACCCUCGGGAAGCUAUCAGCUACCGAGAACUCAUCCCCUUCGAAAUCAAUGGACUCUCUCAACAGACAGUGGAGAUCAAAGGGAAGGGCACAGAAAUGAAGCUUUUAGUCCUAGACCCAGCCAACAGGAUCGUGAAGUUAGGAGCUGUCCUGCCAGGACAGGUUGUGAGGAAAACAGUUUCCCUCGUCAACAACAGCCUUGCCCAGCUCACCUUUAAUCACUCGGUCCUGUUCUCUAUUCCAGAGCUCCAGGAAGCCAAGGUCAUCACCUUGGAGCCCUUCCACACGAUCACCAUGAAGCCUAAAGAAGUCUGUAAACUAGAGAUUACCUUUGCCCCCAAGAAGCGAGUCCCUCCUUUCUCUGAGGAAGUCUUCAUGGAAUGGAUGGGGCUCCUGCGUCCUCUCUUCCUCCUCAGUGGCUGUUGUCAGGCCCUGGAGAUUUCCCUGGACCAAGAGCAUCUUCCCUUUGGCCCCGUUGUGUAUCAAACUCAAGCCACGCGGCGCAUUCUCAUAAUGAACACGGGCGACGUGGGUGCAAGGUUUAAAUGGGAUGUCAAGAAACUCAAGCCCCACUUCUCCAUUAGCCCCGAAGAAGGCUACAUCAUCUCAGGCACAGAGGUUGCUCUAGAAGUAACAUACCACCCCACUGAGAUAGGGAAGGAGAGUCUCUAUAAAAACAUUCUCUGCUUCAUCCAAGGAGGAAAUCCUCUGUGCCUCACCCUGUCUGGAACCUGUGUGGGACCACCUGUAGUAAAAGAGGUGGUGAAUUUCAACUGCCAAGUGCGCUCCAGGCACACACAGACCAUCCUGCUCUCAAACCGUUCCAACCAGACCUGGAACCUGCACCCCAUUUUUGAGGGUGAGCACUGGGAGGGGCCCGAGUUCAUCACCUUGGAGGCCCAUCAGCAAAACAAGCCCUAUGAGAUCACCUACAAGCCCCGAACCAUGAAUCUGGAGAACCGCAAGCACCAGGGCACUCUCUUUUUCCCACUCCCCGAUGGGACUGGCUGGCUAUAUGCCCUGCACGGGACUGCCGAACUCCCCAAAGCUGUUGCCAAUAUCUACCGUGAGGUUCCAUGUAAGACUCCCUAUACUGAGCUCCUGCCAAUCAGCAACUGGCUGAACAAGCCCCAGAGAUUCCGGGUCAUUGUGGAAAUAUUGAAACCAGAGAAGACAGACCUAAGUGUCACCCUGAAGGGCCUUGAUUACAUUGAUGUUCUGUCUGGCUCCAAGAAAGACUACAAGCUGAACUUCUUUUCCUACAAGGAGGGACUGUACACUGCAAAGGUGAUCUUCCGGAACGAGGUGACCAACGAGUUCUUGUACUAUACUGUGAGCUUCAGGGUCACCCCUUCUGGCAUUAUAAAAACCAUCCAGAUGACAAGCCCAGUUCGCCAGAGUGUAUCAGCCUCCAUCAAGUUGGAGAACCCCCUGCCCUACUCGGUGACCUUCUCAACAGAAUGCAAGUUGAGUGACAUUAGCCUGCCUUCCCAGUUCGCGGUGCCUCCAAACUCUGAGGGAACGUUCUCAUUUGAAUUCCAGCCCCUGAAAGCUGGAGAACUAUGCGGGAGACUGACCUUGCACAACAGUGACUUGGGUUACUACCAGUACGAGCUCGCUCUGAAGGCCUUGCCUGCACCUCCCGAGAAACCUGUCCACUUCCAGACCGUUCUUGGCAGCAACCAGAGCAUCUUAGCAAAGUUCACCAAUUAUACCCGGCUGAAGACAGAGUACUACUGCAAGACUGACUGUCCUGACUUCCACACAGAAAAAGUUAUUAACGCAGCCCCAGGAGCCCAGGGUGGCACUGAAGUCAGCGUGGAAGUCUUCUUUGAGCCCAGCCAUCUGGGUGAGACUAAAGGCAUCCUGUGCCUGUCGUCACUCAUAGGUGGGGAAUAUAUCAUCCCACUCUUUGGAAUUGCUCUGCCCCCCAAGCCCCAAGGUCCCUUCCUAAUCAGAGCCGGAUACAACAUCAUCAUCCCCUUCAAGAAUGUCUUCUUGCACGCAACAAGCUUCUCCUUCAUUGUGGAGAACCCAGCCUUCAGCAUCCGGGCUGCAGAGACCGUGCGGCCCAAGAAGAUCAACAACAUCACAGUCUACUUUGAGGGGAACCCGUCGGGCAGUAAAACCCCGAUCACCUCUAAGUUGAUCGUCACCUGCCCUCAGUGUGAAGGCACCGAAUCUGGAAUCAAAUGGGUUUAUUAUCUGAAGGGGAUCACCCCUUAGGUUACAACUGUGUCAACAACUGGCGGCCUUCCACUCAACCUAUGAGCCAUGCCUCACUCAUGCUGUCCCAACAAAGAAUAGGGGAAUUUUCCAAGGACUUUCUUGUAUGUGUUUAGUUGUAAGAGAAGUGAUUUCUAUAUUAUAUUUUACAAAUACAGAUGUAAAAUUUAUGUUCCACAUUAA